CAGACUCGAUGUCCCAGUCACUUUUAUCGCUCACUCAUCUGGACACGCUUAGUAUUGAAGUGAAUGAUGACAGUCCCGGUCUGUGGAAGGCUCUCCAUGGUCUGAAUAUCAAGAGUCUGAUUCUGAGUGAUCGGCACGGAUAUUUGAAUGUUAAGCAUGCAGAGACGAUAGCACAGUCACUAUCACCGCUUAAACAGCUUGAAAAGCUUUCAAUAUUUUUGCGGACAUAUAUCGACAUAAAGCUACCUCAAUCAUUGAAGUAUUUAAAUAUCUACUGCGUGGCAUUGCUUCCAUCGGAAUUACACGAACUUGUGGGCACACUGUCUGCAUGUACUCGUACAGUUGAGAGUAAGCUGGAAUUCGGUUGCGCUUCUUUCAACGAUGCACGUGUAAAAUCAAUUCCACCAGAGGAAUACAUUUCAAUCCAACAAGAACUGGGGACUCUGAAUCAUGUUGCCGUGAAACGAUUCCGAAUAUUACACCGGAGAAAAAACAAUUUUUGUGAGUAUGAUGCCGCAUCUCCUUGGUCCGUACGUGGCAUUGGUGGUGUCCAAGACGAUAAUACGGAUGAUGAUAAUGUAAACGAUGUUGCAUAUAAAAGCUUCGUAACCGCAACCGCCGACUCAAUAAGCAAUGGAAUCAUUAAUCGAAUUGCAAUGCGACUUCUGAUUACUCCAUCCUCAAACUCAUGAAUCGUCGAUAAAUGCGACUGCAACACGUGAUAAUAACGAGAACAAUUGUAUUCAUUAUGUCUGGAACAUUUUAAAUAAGAAUGAUAUAUCUCUCUUGGAUAGCAUACAUAGACAGUAGGCAUUGUAAAACAUUAAUUCAACAAGUUUAAAUAAUCUUAACAUUUUUGUGAUGUGUUAUUAGUGUGUAAAUGUUAUAAAUGGAAAAUGUUUGAUGAAAUGCAUGCCAAUUUUGUAAAAGUAUUUAAAGUAUACAAACACCAUAAAUUCCAACACG